AUGGCCGAUCAAGUGUGUCAACCAAAUGAGUCUGAAUACCAGUGCGUUUGUGAAGAUGGUUAUGCAUGGUCAUACAACAACUGCCAGACAUAUGAGGCCUGCGGAUACAUAAAGUUUGGCUCAUGUGGAUGUAUCAAUGGUGUUCCCAGUGAUGGAGAGAUGUGUGUGCUGGAGAGUGAACUGCCCUUCACAGACAUCUUGUCUGAAAUUGAGUUGGAAUCAACAAGCAUCUCUGUGAUCGAUGAGAUGAGGCGGUAUCUGCAGACCAUCACCUUUCCACUUCAAUUAGAUGAGGUGGUUGAAGUUUUAGAUGUGAACAUCACAACAGUCUGCAAUUUCAAUGACAGUGGAGACAAUUGUGUAUGUGAGGACCAGUAUUUCUGGCCAUGUGAUAAAUGCAAAGAAUAUGGGAGCUGUGACGGCAUCACUAACAACACAUGCAGCUGCAUCAAUGAUAUUCCAAGUGACAGACAUACCACCACCAACACAAUCAGUAUCAACAGAAUCACUAUCAACACCAUCAAUUACUCCACCAGCAACAGAAUCACAAUCAACAGCAACUCAAUCAAUGUCUACACCAUCAACAGAAUCACCAUCAUCAGCAAUACCAUCACCAUCAACAGCAUCACCAUCAAUGGUAACAUCAUCAACAGAAUCACCAUCAUCAGCAAUACCAUCAACAUCAACAGCAGCGCCAUCACCAUCAACAGCAGCGCCAUCACCAUCAAUGGUAACAUCAUCAACAGAAUCACCAUCAUCAGCAAUACCAUCACCAUCAACAGAAUCACCCUCAUCAUCAACAGCAGAACCAUCAUCAGCAAUACCAUCACCAUCAACAGCAUCACCAUCACCAUCAACAGCAGCGCCAUCACCAUCAAUGGUAACAUCAUCAACAGAAUCACCAUCAUCAGCAAUGCAAUCACCAUCAACAGAAUCACCCUCAUCAUCAACAGCAGAACCAUCAUCAGCAAUGUCAUCGCCAUCAACAGAAUCACCAUCAUCAUCAACAGCAGCACCAUCAACAUCAAUGGUAACAUCAUCAACAAAAUCACCAUCAUCAGCAAUGCCAUCGCCAUCAACAGAAUCACCAUCAUCAUCAACAGCAGCGCCAUCAACAUCAGUGGUAACACCAUCAACAGAAUCACCAUCAUCAGCAAUGCCAUCGCCAUCAACAGAAUCACCAUCAUCAACAGCAGCACCAUCACCAUCAUUGGUAACAUCAUCAACAGAAUCACCAUCAUCAGCAAUGCCAUCGCCAUCAACAACAACACCAAACUCAACACAAUCAAAAUAUACACCAUCAUCCCCAUCAAACUCAACACCAACACCAUCAAUACAACCAUCAACAACAAGAACAAUUAUGGAAAAUAUAGGCCUGGUAGUGUUAUAGCAGACUACACAAUAAAUGCAACAUCCAACACACUUGAAUUUGAAUCAGCAAACACACAGGUUUUGGAAUCUCUAAGAAGACAAGGAUUAUCUUUAGCUAAUGAUGCUUUUACUCUGAGUGAUAAUGCCAAUGAUACAUGGAGCAAACUGAUCAAAAACAACACCAGCAUUAAACUUCUGCACGCUAUUGAGGAUAUAAGUGACCGUCUCACAGAUGAUUUUAAUAUUUCUGAAAUAUCCAUUCAGCUAACAAGAAAAACAGUUAAUAAUUCCUUCACUUUAAAAUCAAGCCUGCCGAACUCAACUACGGAGAUUGUGAUACCACAGGUUCCUCAGAUGACUAGCAUAACCAUCAUAAUCUUCACGACUCUUGACAAUGUCUUACCUACACAUGGUGGUAAUGACAGCAGGGAAUCAGAUGUGAAAAUCAAUGGAGAUGUGGUUGUUGUUAAGGUUAAUAAGAUGAUUAACAACAUUUCUUUUACAUUUGACAUUACUGAUCAGUCUUUGGGAAAUCCUCAGUGUGUCUUUUGGAAUUUCACUCUCAACAAUUGGGAUUCCAAUGGAUGUGAAGUAAAGUGGAACAACAAUGGCAACAUUGCAUGUGAAUGCGACCACACAACCUCUUUUUCAAUCCUAAUGUCACCGUUUUCCAUUGAUAACCCAGCCUUAGCCUAUAUAACUUACAUUGGUGUAGCUAUUUCGCUGGCCAGCUUGAUUAUAUGCCUGAUUAUUGAGACUAUUGUGUGGAAGUCAAUGACAAGAAACGACACAUCCUACAUGCGACAUGUCUCCAUAGUCAACAUUGCCGUGUCUCUGCUGAUAGCAAACGUCUGUUUUAUCAUUGGAGCCGCAGUCGCAGAAAGUGAGCAGCCAACUUCAGUGGGUCGCUGCAGUCCAGUGGUUUUCUUCAUGCACUUCUUUUACCUGGCUCUUUUCUUCUGGAUGUUAAUGUCAGCGCUGUUGCUCUUUUACCGUACCGUCAUGGUCUUGUCUCAAAUGUCAAGGGCUAAAAUGAUGGCCAUUGCCUUCAUAGUUGGUUAUGGUGCACCUUUGCUCAUAGCGGCCAUUACGGUUGCAUCAACAGCUGGACCUCAAAAUUAUGUUUCCAAAAGAAAUGCAUGCUGGCUGAACUGGUAUGAAUCAAAUGCCCUGCUGGCAUUUGUGGUUCCAGCUCUCACUAUUGUAGCCAUAAACCUUUUGGUUUUGAUUGUGGUUCUGUGCAAGAUGUUGAGGAGAGGAGUUGGUGCCACAACUCAACCAGAUGAGAAACAUGCCCUGGUGGUCAUUGCCAGAUGUGUGGCCAUUUUGACUCCUAUCUUUGGUCUUACAUGGGGAUUUGGAAUUGGAACCAUGGUGUCACAGAAAUUAGGCAUUCAUGUGGUGUUUGCACUCCUCAAUUCUCUGCAGGGAUUCUUUAUUUUGGUGUUUGGAACACUUUUAGACAGCAAGGUUCGUGAGUCACUACCAGGAAAGAUGUUGCUACAGAAACUCACUUCUAAUCGUACCAAUAACACCAGUGCAGGGACAUCAUCCACAUCUGGAUUGCCUUUCCUGCGGUGGCGGAGGAAGGUGUACAAUGUGUCAGAAGCCAACCCUUCCUCGGCACUUCCAUCUUCAGACAGCUCCAGUGGCUCAUAUGCUGUUUUGAACGACUAAAAGACACCCACAAAGUGUUUUCCCCAAUGCAGUUUAUUUUUUAUUUUUUUGAGGAAAUGUUUUUUCUCUCUCAGACAUUAAGGUACAAAACUGUCACUGGGGCAGUAUCCUUUCAAAAUGUACUAAAAUGUAUUUUUAAAGUAGUAAUGUAUCACGUGGGUAAAUAAGAAUGGCCAAAAUAUGUCUCUCUUAGCUUUUGUACCUUAGGGUACCACAGCUUUGUACAUUUUGUUUUUUGAGAGUGUUUACUGAUAGGAUUAGGCUAAAAAUAAGGCUACUUGUUUUAUUGUGUAGCCUUUAUAUGUUGUGAAUGCAGGGUGUGGACUUUGUAUUUGUAUGCCUACUUUUCCAGUAAUACAACUCAUGAAGUGUU